AUGUGUGUGCACCCCUCUGAUCAGUUCUUCUGUCCCACCGUCCUUGGCUACUGUCUCAAUUUACCAUCAUCGAUCGAUAUGGCAAAACCACAAUGGCUGUGGGCGAGACAUAUCUACUUUCUUAUCACUGCUAUUAUCCUGCUUAGUGCAGGGCCAACCUGGGCACAACCAUGCUAUGAUGGAAACCUCCCCGACUCAUGUCCCAAAAUUCAAGAUCUGCCGAAGAUCAGCACCAUUACUACAGGAACGACACUAGAAUCAUCUUUACUACCGCCACCCCUAGAUGUCGGAUUGCGCCCCCGUGAUGUCGCGGCCUUUUCUGUUGACGGCUACGCCUACAAAGGCUGUGUGGGCGAUGACGGCAAUAAGCGUGUUCUGGGCGGGCCUACAAUUGAAAUUGUUUCCUUGGAGCCCAAUUCAUGCGGCAACUUGCACAAGAACUAUGACUACGCCGCCGCUCUGCACCAGACCCUGCCCCGGCAACCCGAACGUCAACUGCGGCGGAUAUUACGCAAUGAAAGUGCCAGGACGAGCACGGUUGAUACCUUCGUAACAUCAACCACUACCGCCUCGUCAACCACUAUCGUUUCGUCAUCCUCUGCGUCCCCUAGUACUCAAGCACCUAGACCAAUAUCAAACGACGAUGUGACUCUUUCUAAAGGUGCUAUCGCCGGCAUCAGUGUGGGCUCUGCCGUUGGUGCGGUGCUGAUUUGCGCUGCAAUCUGUUGUUUCUGGUUCUAUCAACAUCACCAGAGGUCUCGCAAAGUCUCCGAGGAGCCAUCAAUACCAGAGCAGGGGAGACCGGGUGAAUCCACCAACGAGGCAGUUACGGAAAAGCAGCCCUGGGCGAUUUCAGAACACAGUUCGAGAGAUUUGAUGAAACAUGGGGAAAAUCCUAGGCAAGGAUGUCCGGUGGAAGCUACUGGAGAUGGGCAAGUGCAUGAGCUUGCAGAAGGGAAAUGA